CUUGUGUAUGUGUUAGAAGGAAGACCGGAGAGAAGGAUCUAACGUUUUUAACGGACAUUCGAAUGGACAUCAGAGUGAAAUGAUGUGGCGUUCCCGCGCAUCCAGUUCAACUUUAACUGCUGGAUUUUAGUUUCUGUUACCUGCUGUGGAUGAAUCGGAGGCGGUCAGCUGAACAUGGCCAGUCCACACCUGGCUGAUCUGUCCCAGGCCUGGGAGAAGUACAUGGACUGCCGUUCACAGGGAGCAGAUCUACAGGUCAGUCUGAAGUGCUUGGAGAGUUUUCUGUGUCUGUUUCACUGUGUACGACACCUCAGUGACCUGCGAGUGAAGGAUGCGCUCAAGUUCUGCUCGGACAUGAGUGGGGCCAGUAACACACUGGCACGGGAGUUCCUUACGGAUGUGCACCAGCUGUGUAGUGCGGUGGCCCAGCGGGUGGAGGACGAGGAGGAGACUCACAUGGUGGCGUUGGGAGAGUACCUGGUGCGCGGACGUGGCUUCCUGCUCCUCAGCACCCUGGACUCUGUUAUUGACCAGGAGUUGACGUGUCGGGAAGAGCUGCUUACACUCUUGUUGUCUCUGCUACCUCUUGUCUGGAAGAUUCCUGUUCAGGAGGAGAAAGCCCCAGAUUUCACCCUGCCUUCACUGCUGGAGGUGUUUCUAUGCCAAGAGGGAAGAACCAUCCCUCAAAAGGUGGGGCAAGAUAGAUGUGAUGUGCAGAACUCUGGAAAGCGCUUAUCUGGCUCCUGGAAAUCACGGCGUUCACGCAGGACUUCUCAGCGAUACUCUGUAAGGGAUGCGCGCAAAUCUCAGCUUUCCACAUCAGAUUCCGAAGCCAACUCUGAUGAUAAAACCACAAACACUGGAAGCAAACAUCGGCGAUUCCACAGUUCCACCAUUCGUGUUAGUUGCCAGCUUCACCAGUCCAACGUUCCAUCGCAAUCACCAUUGCAACAGCCCACUCAAGACACCAUGAGCACCAUUGAGCGACCCCAACCUCACAUGAGGCUGUUUGGAUCGCAAACGCUGGAUGCUAACAUGCUAACAGACCCCACUGCUCUCUCCAUCUUUAAUCGCAUGGAAAACUCGCCUUUUGACCUUUGCCAUGUUCUACUCUCCCUCCUUGAGAAGGUCUGCAAGUUUGACAUGACCAUUAAUCACAACCCAGGCUUGGCGGUCAGUGUUGUUCCCACGCUCACAGAGAUACUAACAGAGUUUGGGGACUGUUGUGGACCUGGAGGAGGAGAUGGAGGAGGGUUUGAUGAGCUGGCUGGAGGCUGGACAGAGGAACCAAUUGCACUUGUUCAAAGAAUGCUUUUACGUACAAUUCUACACUUGAUGUUUGUAGACGUGGGUCAAAACGAGACAAUGCCUGAUAAUUUGCGCCGAAGCCUGACUGACCUUCUCAGAGCCACCUUAAAAAUUCGGGCCUGUUUAGAAAGACAAGCCGACCCUUUUGCUCCAAGGCCAAAAAAGACUCUUCAGGAGAUACAAGAGGACUUUUCCUUCUCAAGGUACCGUCACCGGGCCUUGCUACUGCCAGAACUCCUGGAGGGUGUCUUAGAGCUUCUACUGGGUUGCUUGCAGGCCUCUGCUCCCAACCCUUUCUUUUUCAGUCAGUCUCUUGAAUUAGUUCAUGAAUUUGUGCAACACCGUGGGCUGGAGCUCUUUGAGGCAACAGCUCUGCGCCUGGAGGCCUUAGCAGAAGCUCGAGAUUCAGAAGUUGGGAAUGAGGCGUCGGAGCAUCUUCGGUGUCUGAUAGCUGGUAUACUUAAGAUUAUCAGUGCCGUCAAAAGAGCCAAGUCAGAGCAGCUACACCAGUCUGUUUGUGCACGUCGUCGACACCGUCGCUGUGAAUACUCCCACUUUUUGCACCAUCAUCGUGACCUGUCAGGACUGCCAGUGUCUGCUUUCAAGCAUGCAGCCCGGCGAAACCCCUUUGAGGAGAACUUUGAGGGUUGUGACGGAGAAGUGCGGUACCCUGAACGCUGUUGCUGCCUUGCAGCUUGUGCCCACCAAUGUUUGCAUCUCCUCCAACGCCUCUCGCCCUCAGGUCCUGCUGUCCUCCAGGUGCUGGCAGGAGUUCAAGCCGUUGGUAUCUGUUGCUGCAUGGAUCCAAGGUCUGUAAUAGGGCCAAUGCUUCAAGCAUUUCAAGCCCCAGGCUUGCGAAGUUACCAGUCCCAUGUGUUGAGUGUCCUUAGUAGACUUGUCCUAGAACAGCUUGGAGGUGGUCAACCCUCGGAAAAGGCCAAACUUGCCUCCUGCAACAUCUGCACUUUGGAUAGCAGCCAGUUGCCUGGCCUUGAAGAGACUUUGCAGGGCUAUGGACCUGGGAAAGAAUCAAACCUAUCCACAUCCCCAUGUCCCUCUUAUCGUUCCCAAGGUAUCCUGCCCAGUGGGGGAGCUGAAGACAUGUUGUGGAAGUGGGAUGCUUUAGAUGCCUACCAGGAGCUAGUGUUUGGAAAGGACUGGCAUUUGAGUCAACAGAUUGCCAGUCAUGUAUGCCAGCUCACUUUACGGGGCAAUGCAGUUGUGCAGUGGCAACUCUACACUCAUAUUUUUAACCCUGUGCUUCAGCGGGGUGUGGAACUAACCCAUCAUGCUCAGCAGCUUGGCGUGUCUACUACGUGUAGCCAGGUCUGCAGCUACCAUACCCAAUGCCUCCCUUUUGAGGUACUACUGGUUUAUCUUCAAAUUCUGCCUGCUCUGCUAAAGUCAAGUCGGGUGGUACGUGACUUGUUUCUGAGUUGUAACGGACUGAACCAGAUCACUGAGUUGAUAUACCUGGACUGCACUCGUCCAUGGGCCCUGAAUGUGUUUGAGACACUAAUCUUAAGUGUGUGGCACCAUCAUACGGAAUCUGCCAUGCAGGAGCUAGAAAGAGUCGAAGCUCAGGAGCAGGAAGCUGUCCUUGGACUCGUAGAGGAAUUAGGUUCACGUGGAGCUGGUGACGGCCCAAAGAGCCUCUCUAAGUUUUAUGAAGGCCUGAAAGAGGCGUGCCCUCUUCCAAAGAGCAAAAGCGGAAGGAGUGCAUAUCCUGGAAUGGGACAUAACAGAGGCGAGGCACAUUUGAACACAAUCAACCUUUUUCUUUGUGUUGCUUUCCUGUGUGUGAGCAAGGAGGCUGACUCUGACCGAGACUCUGCAAAUGACUCUGAAGACACCUCAGGCUAUGACAGUACAGCUAGUGAACCACUGGGUGGUUGUCUACCAUGUCUCUCACCAGACAGUGUGGUUCUGCCUUCUAAAGAACAGGUGAGGAGGGCUGCUGAUGUGUGGUCUGUAUGCCGUUGGGUGUACAUGUCAAGUCCAGUGUUCCAGAGGCAGUUUUUCAAACUGGGAGGUCUGGAUGUCUGUUCACGCCUUAUGAUGAUGGUCAUUCAGAAACUUACAUCGAAAAACAAAGAAUGUGAAGUAAAGAAAAAGAGGCAGAGUAAGGGCAAAAGCAGUCCAUCUCAUGCAGACUCUCCAACCCAAGCUCUAACAGGGCAGGUUGACGUUGCAGCAACAGUAGCUGGUACAGAGGGGACACAACAGCAUGAACUAAGAGGGACACUCAACCCAACUCUGGUGGAGAGCAAGAGUUGUGACCCCACACACAGACUGGAAGAGGAAUGGCCUGUCCAGAGUAUCCGACUAUUGGAGGCGCUUCUGGCCAUCUGCCUCCACAGUGCCAAUUCAGCACUGCAAAGGCUGGAACCAGACCUUUCCUUUCAGCUACAAUCAGUCGAUGAAACCCUAUGUGAGGUCCGGGAUCAGUUGUCUCGCUCUGGAGUUGUGAAUUCCGAACUGGCCGUUCCUCUGUUUGAUACACUGUUGCGUGUAGCACUGGCUGAGAUGUUCUGCAGUACAGAUGUCGUUGAGGAGAAACCCGAUAAUAAGUCUCAGGUGAGUGGUGAGGUUGCACCUCCAGCAGGUGAUCUUUCUGAGGAGGUUGAUGAAGCUCAGGUGAGUGGUGUCCAAGCUUUGGGAGAAGAGGAAGGAUAUGACGCAGACAGUGAAAGCAACCCUGAAGACUCCACCCGCCAGGAGGAAGGGAUAAAGGUGGAGGCUGUAGUCCCACUGGGGGAAUGUGCUUUGGGAAUGGCAGGUGUGCCUCAGGGCUCUGGCCGUGGCCUGCUGCUUUUCCCGGAGAUCUGCUUGAUGGAGCUGCAGCUGUUGGCCAGCGGAUCUCCAGACCUGGAAGUCCUGGAACACGUGUUACAGAGCCUGUCGGGAGCCGUGAAACGCCACCACAGCAAUGCAUCGCUGCUGUACCAGCAGGGCGGUGUGAAAGCCAUUCUCACUGGAUUUCAGAACAUCCUUACCCAAUCAGAUGCCUCGUAUAAAGAGUGCCAGACAAUGCUUGUGCAGCUGCUUGUUGCCAUGGUGAGUGACAGGAUCACAGCAGAGGAACUUGCCCUUUUGACCCACCUACUUCUGGAGAAGACCCCGCCCACCGAGAUCUUGUUGAGGGGCAUACUGCAGAUUGUGGAGUCUAACUCUGACACUGAACCGCUGUACUUCAUGUCCUUUCCCAUGAUCCCUGGUGCCGGAGCCCCUGGCGUGAGCUCCUCUGCUGGGACGAAGCCCCAUGGGGCGGCUGGGGGUAAAGGUGGCGUAAAUACUCUUUUGAGGGGUAAACUGCCUCUGGGCCGGGUUGAUGGGGAUGUGGGCAGGCUUGGUCACCUGCGUACUUCUCCCUGGCAUACUGCACCCUUUCACCUGCCUUUGGUGGGACAGAACUGCUGGCCUCACAUGGCCAGUGGCUUCAGCGCGUCGCUCUGGGUCCGAGCUUUGAGGGAGGAGGACAGGCAGGAUGAGGACAUGACUUCAGCAGACGAGGCCCUGCAUGCUUCUGUUCUCAUUAGCAAGCAGCACGCAGACAAAUGUCUUGUGCAUGUUCUGUCCAUGGGCUCAAAAGCUCUGAUGCUCCAGGUGUGGAUGAACAUCUCUACUAGAGCCUUUAUCUUCAGGAUCUGCAUCGAUCCGAAUGAUGAGAUGAAGGCGGGUCUGCUCGCCCAGGCGGAGUCUGCGGAGGGUGUGCUGACUGCAGGCAGAUGGCAGCACUUGGCUCUCACAUACACACAGCAGCCUGAGGGCAAGAAGAACAUUCACGGUCAGCUGACCCUCUGGGUGUGCGGCAUUAGGAAGUGCGACGUCUCGUUAGACUUCGCUCUGCCGAGGAAGUCCAGUCUGUCAUCUGACUCUAAUAAAACGUACUGUAUGCUGGGACACCAUCAGCCCCCCUCAGAGGAGCUGCACACUCCCAGUGCACGCUGGAACAUGGGCACCCUGCUGCUCUUUAAUGGCUCCAGAAUUGACACUGAAGAGGCAUUUUACCUGUAUGCCAGCGGCCCUGACCUCACCUCCAUUAUGCCCUGCAAAUAUGGGAAGCCCCAUGGGACACUGUCCAAGUAUGUGACACAGGAGGGACUUCAGUGUGAGCAGAUACGUGAACUCCUCAUGAGAAACACUGAAGUGGACAUCUCACCUCUAAUUGAGAGUUUAGCAGUUGUUUAUACUCCCAGAACCCCAUCUCUCUACACAAUAUAUGAGCCGGUGAUCCGUCUGAAGGGUCAGGCCAAGACAGCGGUUGUCUCCCAGAGACCCUUCAGUGCUAAAGAGAUCCAGAGCUCAGUACUGGAGCCUCAGUUUCUCAGAACCAUGAUGGCCUGCCAGGCUUUCGGCCUACACAGCGUGCUGCACAAGAUCGGAGGCACUGGCGCGUUUGUCUUCCUGUUUGCUCGGGCGGUGGAGGUGAGCGAUUGCGAGCAGACUCAAGCUCUGGCCCUGCAGGUGUUGCUUUCUCUGGUUAAACACAACCAGCAUCGCACACAAGAGAUGGAGUGUUACCACGGUUACUCCAUGAUUCACCAGGUGCUCAUCAAACCCAAGUGCAGUGUGGGAUAUCACAUUCUGAAGACAUUGUUGGAUGGCUGUUGCAGUGGCUCUAUCCUGACGCUCGGAGAGGAUGGUCAGUUUCAUCUGGAUACUGAAUCUACUGCAGUAGUACAAGACCUCAGACUGCUGUCUGAAAUACUGCUGGACUGGAAGAUAUGGGCCAAAGCUCAGUGUGGUGUGUGGGAGACACUACUCAUGGCUCUAGAGAUCCUCAUCCGGGCGAAUCAUCCACAGCAGAUGUUCAACAUUCGUCAGCUUCUGAAGGCUCAGGUUGUCCAUCGCUUUCUGCUCGCCUGCCAGGUGCUUCAGGAGCAUCGGGACGAGUACCUAACCUCCAUCCCUCAAGAGGUCUGCCUGUCCUUUGUCAAAAUCAUCCAGGAGAUUUUGGGUUCUCCUCCAGAUCUGGACCUGCUGAGGCUGGUCUAUAACUUCCUGUUGGCCGUGCACCCACCCACGAACACUUAUGUGUGUCACACGCCCACCAGCUUCUACUUCUCUCUACACAUUGAUGGUAAGCUGUACCAGGAGAAAGUUCAGUCCAUGAUGUACCUGCGACAGUCUAGCAGUGGAGGAAAAUCCGCCUGCAGCUCUGUGGUGUCUCUCUCUCCCACCGUCUUCGCUGAAAUGCCCACUGAAGUACGCCACUGUUCCUCCCCUGAGCGUGGAGAUGAGGAGCUGUCACUGCGGCCUCCAAGCAUCGGCCCCUCUCCACACUCUUCUCCAUCCCUGACACCCCGCCUCACUCGUGGGAGCUUACCCGUGCAUACCGAACCGGGCGAGGCGACGACCCUGGGCAGCACAGAGACCCUGAAACGAGUCGGUGAUGAACAACUCCUAAGCAGCUGCGAGUCUGCAAAGACCAUCUGUGAUUCUCAAAAUGUGUGCGGUGAGGAGGAGGGGGGCAUCAUGGGAAAUCGAACACCCUCCAUCAGCAUAGAAGAGGAGCAGGAGGGGACAGCGAGCAGCCCGUUGGAGUCCGAGGACCAUUUCGGUUGGACCAGCGAAGAAGCGCCACGCCGACCGGACAGCCUAAAGGGAAUCCAGUCCUUUCAUAGGAGUCACAGUAAUCUGGCCAGUCUGGGUUUGGCGUUUCCUGCACCGAAUGGCUCACUGGCUAUCGCUCGCUGGCCAACUGUGGCUGAUCGCCCCGCCCCGCCAGAUGACUGGGAGAGUUACACAUACUCACCCGGUUAUGAGAGACACAGCAAAGCUCAUUCUGGCAAUGACAGGUCCAGUGCAGAAGACUGUCUGGUUCUGAUCUGCUGUGGUCUGUAUGAUCUGUUGAGAGGAGUUCUGCUGCUGCUGCCAGAUCUUCUGCUGGAGGAGGUGAUGGAUAAACUGAUCCAGCCUGAAGCUCUGCUCGUCCUGGUCAACCACUCGUCUCCUCUCAUACAGCAGGGCGUCAUGAAGCUCUUGGACACAUACUUCAGCCGAGCUCAGAAGGAGCAGAAGGAGAAGUUUCUGAAGAAUCACGGCUUUUCCCUGUUGGCCAAUCAGCUGUACCUGCACCAGGGCUCUCAGGGGCUGCUCGAGUGCUUCUUGGAAAUGCUGUUUGGAAGACCGGUGGGGCUGGAAGAAGAUCUGGAUCUAGAGGAUAUGGAGAACAUCUCUCCAUUCAGGAAACGUUGUAUCAUCCCUGUGUUGGGUCUGCUGGAAAACUCUCUGUAUGAGAACUCACUUGUGCAUAAUGCGCUCUGUGUGCUGCUGCAGCUCCUCAAUGCCUGUCCAAAGCUGGCUGAUAUCCUGCUGGAUCACGGCUUACUCUAUGUGCUCUUCAACACGCUCUCCACACUCAACGGCCUAGAGAACGGAAUUCCUCAGAAUGACUACAGGCUGGUGGUGUGUGAUAUUCAGCAGUUGUUGGUGGCAGUCACCAUCCACUCCUGCAGCUCUUCAGGUUCUCAGUACUUCCGCAUCAUCGAGGAUCUCAUCACGUUACUUGGAUACAUGCAGGCUAGCAAAGUUCGCCGCACACAAGAAAUGGCCAUGGCACUGCAGUUCCGGGUAAUCCAGGCCGCCAUUGAUUUCAUUAAGACCACAGCCAAUCAGGACCCUCAGAAAUCCAGCAGUGGCAGCUAUGUGCACGCCCCGACUUCGCCACAUCAUACGCUGCAGCAAAAGCGCAAAAGCAUUGCGGGUCGGAGGCGGUUCACUCUGGCUCAGUCGGACUCUUUGUUGACGCGGAUGCGUUCUGUGGCCAGUGAUGAGUUGACACAGAUGAUGCAGCGCCGGAUGAGUCAAGAGAACCCCAUCAGAGCCAGUGAGACAGAGUUCAUCCAGCGGCUUCAGAGACUCCUGGUUCUGGCUGUUAACAGACUCAUAUAUCAAGAUAACAUCCAGGAUUUCUUCGACCUCUUAAACUUUCCAGAGUCUCCUGAUCAUGUUAUGGCCUUGCCGCUACCUGGCGAGCAGAUGUUAGAGGAGAACGGCUCCACCCCUUCUACACCUCUUCCACCGAGCAACAUGAAGAGCUUCCGCAAAGACAUUCUCAAACUCAUGAUGGAGGGCAUAAAGAUUAGCUUGGACAGCGCCGGGCGUGGUGGCGCCCCUCGCCAUCAGUGGAGGAGAAUCCUCUGGUCCUGUCGCGACACAUUCAAGGUGCAGAUCGGCCGCAUUCUGGUGCACACGCUCAGUCCUGCAGUUCCUCUGGAGGAUAGAAAGGAAGCACUGGAGUUUGUGCACGAGCAGAGCUACUCUGAGAUCCUGAGAGAGAGCCUCAGUCCUGGCCUCGAGCAUGGACCCAAGCUGGCUUUGUAUCUGUACGAGCUGUUACACGACCACAAAGACAAUUUGAGUAAAGAAGAGCAAGCAGCUGCCAACACUUUCAUGACGGCGCUGAAGCUCUGCGGUCACCGUUGCAUCCCGCCCAGUGCUCCGGCCAAACCAGACCUGCUGAAAGCCAUCAAAGAGGAGCAACUGAAAUAUGAGUCAGAGGCAAGAACCAGCAAAGGAGCUUGGGAAAAGAAGCUGGCAAACACUCAGAGGAGUUUGUUACAGAGGCUGGACGGGAAGUCAAAGGACAUCUCGAAGAUCGCUGCAGACGUCACACAAAACGUGUCUCUCAGGCAGGGCAUGGAGAGGAAGAAGGUCAUGCAGCACAUUAGAGGACUUUAUAAGACUGACCUGAGUGCCAGCCGACACUGGCAAGAGCUCGUACAACAGCUCACCCAUGACCGGGCGGUGUGGUACGAUCAGUCCUCUUACCCAACGUCCUGGCAGCUGGAUCCCACUGAGGGGCCGAACCGUGAGCGGCGACGUCUGCAGCGCUGCUACCUGACCAUCCCCAACAAAUACCUGCUCAAAGACAGACGUAAACUUGACGACACUGUCAAAGCUCCACUGGCCUUCCUGUUUGAAGACAAGACUCACUCCUCUUCCUCCAUAGUGAAGGACAAGGCAACUAGUGAGCCAAUCAGGUUUACUAGGAGGUGUGUAAGUGUGGCGCCCUCUAGAGAGACGGCAGGGGAACUGUUGCUGGGGAAGUCUGGCAUGUAUUUUGUAGAGGAGAAUGUAGCUGAGACACAUGAUAACCAGAGUCCUCAUGGAGAGACAGAGCCGGCCUCCUUCUCCUGGACAUAUGAGGAGAUAAAGGAAGUUCACAAGCGCUGGUGGCAGCUGAGGGACAAUGCAAUGGAAAUCUUCCUCUCCAACGGCAGGACGCUGCUGCUUGCGUUUGAUACCACCAAGUUCCGCGAUGACGUCUACCACAACAUCCUGACCUCAGAGCUGCCCAACCUGCUGGAGUACGGUAACAUCACCGCUCUGACACACCUGUGGAGCUCAGGACAGAUAACUAACUUUGAGUACCUCACACAUUUGAACAAGCACGCUGGCCGCUCCUUUAAUGAUCUCAUGCAGUACCCCGUGUUCCCCUUCAUCCUGCGAGACUAUACCAGUGAGACACUGGACCUGCAAGAAAGCUCCAUUUACAGGAACCUCAGCAAACCCAUUGCUGUUCAGUCUAAAGAGAAGGAAGACCGUUAUGUGGACAAUUAUAGGUAUCUGGAGGAGGAGUUUAAGAAGGGUAAGAGUGAGGACGACCCCAUGCCCCCCGUGCUGCCUUAUCAUUACGGCUCUCACUACUCUAACAGUGGCACUGUGCUGCACUUCCUGGUCAGGCUGCCUCCAUUCACCAAGAUGUUCCUGGCUUAUCAAGAUCAGAGCUUUGAUAUUCCUGACCGAACGUUCCACUCGAUGAACACCACAUGGCGUCUGUCGUCCUAUGAGUCCAUGACGGAUGUUAAAGAGCUCAUCCCAGAGUUCUUCUACCUGCCAGAGUUUCUAGUCAACAGAGAAGGUUUUGACUUUGGCGUGCGGCAGAACAGUGAGCGGGUGAACCAUGUGAAUCUGCCACCGUGGGCCCGGAAUGACCCGCGACUGUUCAUCCUGAUCCACAGACAGGCACUGGAAUCAGACCAGGUGUCUCAGACACUCUGCCAGUGGAUAGACCUGGUGUUUGGACUCAAGCAAAAGGGCAAAGCUGCAGUCCACGCCAUCAACGUUUUCCAUCCUGCAACUUACUUUGGCAUGGAUGUUUCUGCUGUUGAAGAUCCAGUUCAGCGUCGGGCUCUUGAAACCAUGAUAAAGACGUAUGGCCAAACGCCCAGACAGCUGUUCAACGCAUCCCAUAUCAGCCGGGCUGGACCAAAGCUCCUCUCAGAGGGAGAACUGCCUGCAGCCAUGGGCCUCCUGGUGCAGCUCGCCUUCAGAGAGAGCCGAGAGACGGUCAAAGAGUCCGUCUACCCGAGUCCUCUGCCUUGGAUAAAGGGCUUAAAAUGGGGUGAGUAUGUGGGGUCACCCAGCGCUCCAGAUCCUGUGGUCUGUUUCAGCCAACCUCACGGCGAAUGCUUCGGCUCUCUGCUGGCACUGCCCACACGUGCCAUCUGCGGCCUCUCGCGCAAGUUCUGCCUCAUGAUGAUCUACAGCAAAGAGCAAGGUGUACGGAGCAUGCACAGUACAGACAUUCAGUGGUCGGCCAUUCUAAGCUGGGGUUACACUGACAACAUGCUGCGUCUGAAGAGCAAACAGAGCGAGCCGCCAAUCAACUUCAUCCAGUGCUCACCACUGCACCAGGUGACAAGUUGUGCCUGGGUGCCAGACAGUUGUCAGCUCUUUAUGGGCAGUAAAUGUGGAGUCAUCACCGCCUACAGCAACCGUUUCACCAGCACCAUGCCGACUGAAAUGGAGGUGGAGUCUCAGGUUCACCUGUACGGUCACACGGCAGAAGUGACGGGUCUGUUCGUCUGUAAACCGUACAGCAUCCUCAUCAGUGUCAGUCGAGAUGGAACCUGCAUCCUGUGGGACCUGAACAGGUUGUGUUACGUCCAGAGUCUCACGGGUCAUAAGAGUCCAGUGAAUGCAGUGUCAGCCAGUGAAACCACUGGAGAUAUCGCCACAGUAUGUGAUUCAGUCGGUGGAGGAAGUGAUUUGCGGCUGUGGACGAUUAAUGGAGAUCUGAUUGGUCACGUUCAUUGCCGCGAGAUCAUCUGCUCCGUGGCGUUUUCCAAUCAGUCGGAGGGUGUGUCCGUCAACGUCAUCGCAGGCGGUCUGGAGAAUGGUGUGGUCAGGUUGUGGAGCACAUGGGAUCUGAAGCCAGUGAGAGAGAUCACCUUCCCCAAAUCUAACAAACCAAUCAUCAGUCUCACAUUCUCCUGUGAUGGGCAUCACCUUUAUACGGCGAACAGUGAGGGUACCGUCAUCGCAUGGUGCCGACGCGACCAGCAGCGAAUGAAGCUGCCCAUGUUUUACUCUUUCCUCAGCAGCUACGCUGCAGGCUGAUUCACACGCUGAUGCCACCCUGUUACCCAUAAUCCUCCACCGGACAGAUGUCGUUAGUGAGCCUGCUGACCCAAGAAGAGGCGGAGCCAGCAUGCACAAAGCCCCGCCCAUAACAUCACAGUCUCCGCCCCCUGAAGUGUCAUGGGCUUUAUAGCACUUUAUGCUAUAAGCUACUGUACCAUAGAGAACGAGUGUUGAUUGUUUAUUUAUAUAAAAGCGUGCAGGAUGCAGCAAGUGCGCAGGACUUUUUUUUUCCCCGUAUCAUUUCUCAAGUGUUAUUUUUUUGGGUUUCGUAUCAUUUUGUGUUUUGUUUUAGGUUUUUGAGUUGGACUGUGUGUUUUGUUCGAGUGUUGAUUCAUGUCGUAGUAUUUGUUUAGAUUUAGUGACGUUUGAUUUUGAAAGCUGCUACAAUAUGGUCCGCCCAGACUCACCUUCUUUUUGUCUCGCCCACUUCCUCCGAUGCUCCGAUGUCUUAAUCCUGAGAACAGAAUUCCUGCUUAUGAAGCUAAAAUCUUCAGAACACUAUUGUCUGUAUUUCCACAUUAAUAAUCCAUGCUUCAGUGCAAUUUGUUUUUAAAUGGAAUGUUUUCUCAGCACUUUCUUCUUGGAUGUUACAUGACUUCUCCAGAUUUCUCGUAGAGCGCCAGGAUCCCAGACAUAAGCAUGCUCGCGUGAGAAACCGUUGCAUGGGUGACAUGCAGUUGCGUAAUGAAUGUUUGUGCAAGUAACGCCUUGUUAAAUUACGUUAAAUUCCAUCGCUUUGUUUUAACUUGUUGCCCAAAUGUCCUGCUCGCUAACUAUCUGCCGAAUGAAAUAUGAAUUCUCCUAGAUGAAAGCAAUGCGAAUUAUGCAGUUCUAAAAUGCACUUCAGACAUUUGGAGUGCUCUUAUGCAUCUGUAAGGGUAUCUUAUUUACGUUAUGUGUGCAUUACACAUGCAGUUGCUGUUUUUGCAGUAUUUUCCUGAGGUGUCCAUGCUAAUAGUAGUUUCUCCUCUGUUUUUAUCCCAACAACUGAAAAUAUGACCCAUUCAUUUAAGAGAUAAACAUCCCAGUUACCAAUCAAGACUGUCUGUUUUUUUUGUCCUGUUCUGUCCUAUACUAUACAAUUCUGUUAUUUUCUAUUCCACACUGUUUUGUUCUUUUCUAUUGGAUUCUGUUACGUCCACAUGAACAUGUUUCCUUUUUAAAACGCAUAGAUUUUCUGGAUAUUCCUCCACUGAUAAUGGAACCUUUCGAAAACGUUCUUCAUAACCGCAAACUUUGGGAAAAGAUGAUGUUAGGAGACUGAAAACGUAAAUGGAUUAGUGUGGACAUGACCUAAACUCAGUUCUAUUCUGUUCUAUAGUAUGUUGGGUUUACCACACUGUCAGUGUUAUGUUUAAUAAACCUGGUUUUAUCAUCUCACCCAUAGUCCGCUAACAUCAGAGGAUUUUGUUAUUUGGCUGAAAUAUAUAUUAUUUGAUGACGUGACCUGAAAUUAUGUUAUCAUCACAAGUAUAUGAUUUUCUGAAAUUUGCCGUACUUGUGGUUACAGAAAAAUAACGUAUUUUUUAUUAGCGUUCAAGGCAAAAAAUGAAAUCUCCCGUCCUUUCAGAUACUUUAAGUCUUAAGUGUCAGCCAGUCUUAAAUUUGGAGGGAAAAUAAUGUUUAAUCCGAGGAAAUGUGCAUACACCGUUUUAACACAUUCCAGGAGUGUUCUUUGCCUGUUGUAUUUUCUUUAUUUCUUUCUUUCUUUCUGUAUUUCUGUAUUUGUGGUUUGUCUUACACAUUAGUAUUAGUCUUAAACUACAACUAACUUAACUACUUUGUCUUUCAUUUUAGCGGUGUGUUUACUAGAAAGGGAAUACUUUUACCUUUUCCUCGAUUACUGUCACUACUUUUUUGUUCUUUUGCAUUAUUCCCUAAAAUGUCAAACGUGUGUAUCACUUUAUCCUGGCAGAGUUGCAUUAAGUUCAAUGUCAAUGCAAAGCCAUAAAGCCAGCGCUUCAAUGACAAGUACAUCUCCUCCUAAGUUAUUUGCAUUGACUGUUUUUGUUCUACAUCAUCUGUGUAUAUAAUCUAUAUUUCAUGCUUGCAUCACACAUGUAUCUCUUAAUUAUUGUGCACAGUAUUGUCAUGUUUGAUCCGAGCAGUUCCCUCAGAAAGAGACUCAAGUUACUGUGUGUUGUGUCCUUGUGUGAGUAGUUGACUGCAAAAAUAGGUGAGUUUGUUUGACAAAACUAUCACAAAGUGGUUCGUCGUUAUUGUUAUCGGUUUAUUUAAUUAACAGUGGUUUAUGUAAUUUAAGAUGGAGAUCUUCACCAAGCUUCACCCUGGCUGCGACCAAUUUUUUCCUAUUUUUUGUAUUUAUGAAAUAUGUAAUAAAAUUUUGCGGAUCUGCUUUAUAAAACAGAUCCACACCUGCUAUUGAAAUAUCUAUUCUGUUCCAUUCUUGACUUUAGUUCUAUGGGAUUCUAUUAUGAUCUGUUAUGCGGUAUACUGUACUCUUCUGUUAGUCUAUUCUAUUCCAUACUGUUCUGUUCAAGUCUACACUAUUCUAAACUGUUCUAUAAUAUACUCUUCUGUUAGUCUAUUCUAUUCCAUACUGUUCUGUUCAAGUCUACACUAUUCUAAACUGUUCUAUAAUAUACUCUUCGGUUUGUCUAUUCUAUUCCAUACUGUUCUGUUCAAGUCUGCACUAUUCUAAACUGUUCUAUAAUAUACUCUUCUGUUAGUCUGUUCUAUUCCAUACUGUUCUGUUCAAGUCUACACUAUUCUAAACUGUUCUAUAAUAUACUCUUCUGUUAGUCUAUUCUAUUCCAUACUGUUCUGUUCAAGUCUGCACUAUUCUAAACUGUUCUAUAAUAUACUCUUCUGUUAGUCUGUUCUAUUCCAUACUGUUCUGUUCAAGUCUGCACUAUUCUAAACUGUUCUAUAAUAUACUCUUCUGUUAGUCUGUUCUAUUCCAUACUGUUCUGUUCAAGUCUACACUAUUCUAAACUGUUCUAUAAUAUACUCUUCGGUUUGUCUAUUCUAUUCCAUACUGUUCUGUUCAAGUCUGCACUAUUCUAAACUGUUCUAUAAUAUACUCUUCUGUUAGUCUGUUCUAUUCCAUACUGUUCUGUUCAAGUCUGCACUAUUCUAAACUGUUCUAUAAUAUACUCUUCUGUUAGUCUGUUCUAUUCCAUACUGUUCUGUUCAAGUCUACACUAUUCUAAACUGUUCUAUAAUAUACUCUUCGGUUUGUCUAUUCUAUUCCAUACUGUUCUGUUCAAGUCUGCACUAUUCUAAACUGUUCUAUAAUAUACUCUUCUGUUAGUCUGUUCUAUUCCAUACUGUUCUGUUCAAGUCUACACUAUUCUAAACUGUUCUAUAAUAUACUCUUCGGUUUGUCUAUUCUAUUCCAUACUGUUCUGUUCAAGUCUGCACUAUUCUAAACUGUUCUAUAAUAUACUCUUCGGUUUGUCUAUUCUAUUCCAUACUGUUCUGUUCAAGUCUGCACUAUUCUAAACUGUUCUAUAAUAUACUCUUCGGUUUGUCUAUUCUAUUCCAUACUGUUCUGUUCAAGUCUACACUAUUCUAAACUGUUCUAUAAUAUACUCUUCGGUUUGUCUAUUCUAUUCCAUACUGUUCUGUUCAAGUCUACACUAUUCUAAACUGUUCUAUAAUAUACUCUUCGGUUUGUCUAUUCUAUUCCAUACUGUUCUGUGCAAGUCUGCACUAUUCUAAACUGUUCUAUAAUAUACUCUUCUGUUAGUCUAUUCUAUUCCAUACUGUUCUGUUCAAGUCUGCACUAUUCUAAACUGUUCUAUAAUAUACUCUUCUGUUAGUCUGUUCUAUUCCAUACUGUUCUGUUCAAGUCUGCACUAUUCUAAACUGUUCUAUAAUAUACUCUUCUGUUAGUCUAUUCUAUUCCAUACUGUUCUGUUCAAGUCUACACUAUUCUAAACUGUUCUAUAAUAUACUCUUCUGUUAGUCUAUUCUAUUCCAUACUGUUCUGUUCAAGUCUGCACUAUUCUAAACUGUUCUAUAAUAUACUCUUCGGUUUGUCUGUUCUAUUCCAUACUGUUCUGUUCAAGUCUACACUAUUCUAAACUGUUCUAUAAUAUACUCUUCUGUUAGUCUGUUCUAUUCCAUACUGUUCUGUUCAAGUCUACACUAUUCUAAACUGUUCUAUAAUAUACUCUUCUGUUAGUCUAUUCUAUUCCAUACUGUUCUGUUCAAGUCUACACUAUUCUAAACUGUUCUAUAAUAUACUCUUCUGUUAGUCUAUUCUAUUCCAUACUGUUCUGUUCAAGUCUGCACUAUUCUAAACUGUUCUAUAAUAUACUCUUCUGUUAGUCUGUUCUAUUCCAUACUGUUCUGUUCAAGUCUGCACUAUUCUAAACUGUUCUAUAAUAUACUCUUCUGUUAGUCUGUUCUAUUCCAUACUGUUCUGUUCAAGUCUACACUAUUCUAAACUGUUCUAUAAUAUACUCUUCUGUUAGUCUGUUCUAUUCCAUACUGUUCUGUUCAAGUCUACACUAUUCUAAACUGUUCUAUAAUAUACUCUUCGGUUUGUCUAUUCUAUUCCAUACUGUUCUGUUCAAGUCUACACUAUUCUAAACUGUUCUAUUAUAUACUCUUCUGUUAGUCUAUUCUAUUCCAUACUGUUCUGUUCAAGUCUGCACUAUUCUAAACUGUUCUAUAAUAUACUCUUCGGUUUGUCUAUUCUAUUCCAUACUGUUCUGUUCAAGUCUACACUAUUCUAAACUGUUCUAUAAUAUACUCUUCGGUUUGUCUAUUCUAUUCCAUACUGUUCUGUUCAAGUCUACACUAUUCUAAACUGUUCUAUAAUAUACUCUUCUGUUAGUCUGUUCUAUUAUAUUGUAUAGGUCUAUUCUAGACUAUACUAACCUGUUCUAGUCUAUAAUCUCCCAUACUGUUCUAUACUAUAUUCAUCUGUUAAUUUAUACUGGUCUGUACUAGUCUACACUAUUAUAUACUGUACUGUUCUGUUUGUCUAUUCUAUUAAUAUACUGUUCUGUUAUAGUCUAUACUAUUCUUUUGUUUGUCUACAACCCCAAUUCCAAAAAAGUUGGGACAGUAUGAACAAUGAUAAUAAAAACAAAAAG